UCUGUGAUUCUUCAGAACAGGGAAAGCCAGCCAUGGACUCAAACAAACAAGAAGGAGAAACUGAAAAUGUUCCAGUAAGCACCUUGCCAGCCCAGAUUUAUCAGUUGCAGAUUUUGGCUUCUGAACUUAAGACAGGCUUCACAGAGGCUAUGCAGGAAUUGUCCCGAAUUCAACAUGGUGAAUAUGCCUUGGAGGAAAAGGUCAAGAGCUGUCGCUGCACCAUGGAAGAGAAGGUUUCAGAAUUGAAAAAUUCCCUCAACAACUUGAAGGAAGAGGUGAACACCGCAAUGGCAAUGAUUCAUGCUAUCAUUGCUAAGCAGGAGGAGAUGCAGCAGAAGAUUGAACAGCUGCAACUCGAAAAAAGGAGGGAAUCUCGAAAAGUGAAGAAUAAAAGGAUCCAGAAGGAAGAACAUACAGGUCAAACCCAAUCAGCCCAGAACAGCACCUUCCAAAAUUCUAAUCACUCUGAAUCACUGAUGGUCAAUUAUCACAGCAACCUAGUGCAGCCAUCUCCAUAUGAAAAAGCACUUGCGUCCAGGUCAGUAAGUGCUGGUGGUGAAAGCAAUGUGACAGUCACCAACACAGCAACUCGGGCAACUCAUGAAGAGACAGAUGAAAGUUUCAAGUCUUCAAUGACAAUAGAAGGUCAGUCCAGAAUGUAUAUGCCUUCCCUCAUCUGGAGACAGCCAAAAGAUGGAAGAGAGUGGGAAGAAGAAGAGUCUAAAGAACAAACAGAUAGGCCAAGGGAACUAGUACAGAGCCGAGCUGCCCCUGCAGAGAAUGUCCUCAGCGAGCCCAGUAUUUUUGCAAAAAGACAAACGGCAGCAAAAGACCUUCUUGAAUCAGAGCGAAAAUAUGUCCUGAAUCUGUCUCAUAUCCUAAAGAUAAGGGCCACCUUACAAGGGUCUGACAUCAAGAGGACCACUAAAGAGAGAAGUUUUUUCCCCAGUUCCUUGCGGUAUUUGAUCCAGCAUCACCUGGACCUGCUCCACAUAUUGCAGGAGAGAGUAGUAAAAUGGUCUAGACAAGGAAUCCUGGGAGACAUAUUCCUGAAGUUAACCAAUGAUGAGAACAAUUUCUUGGACUACUAUGUUGCUUACUUGAAAGACUUACCAGAAAGCAUAUCAGUGAUCCACAUUGUGGUUCUAAAAGAGGCUGAAGAAGACCUGAAGUCGGAUCUGUACAUUCUGCUUUUCCAUGUAGUUCAGCGCAUUCCAGAAUAUCUUAUUCUAUUGCAAAAUAUCCUGAAGUAUACAGAACAGGAGCACCCGGAUUAUUAUUUACUGUUAGUUUGUGUCCAAAGGCUGCGUGUUUUUAUAUCGCACUAUAGUAUUCUCUUUCAAUACAAUGAAGAUUUGUUAAUUCAGAAGCGGAAAAAACUUAAGAAAUCAUCAUUGAUUAAACUGUACAAAGGCCUUGCAUCUCAGUCCAUGGUGACUGGCCAGGAAGUUCCUCCUAGUCUGACUAAUUCGGUGAACAUUAAAGAAAAUGCUGCCCACUCUGAUGAGACCCUCCAACCUUACACCACCACAUCAGGCUCCUCUUCAUCAGCCAUGCAUCUUCUUCCUCAUAUGAAAAAGAGCAGACAGACUCCAGUGGAAACCAUCCAGCCAUUAAAGGCAUCAGACUGGGAAGCUGAAGGAAAGAAGCAUGAAAAAUCAGAGAACAUGACAGCGCCAAUGUCAUUCAUUGGGAAUGAUCAAGAAGCCAAUUCCCUACCUUUACAGUCUAUUCCAGAAAUGGAAUAUGAAACUAAUGCUGUGGACGCAAUGCUUGAUGUUGAAAGGUCCACAAGAACCUCAUCCAAUAUUUUACCGGAUGGUAACUUUGCCCGAAACUAUGAAGAAUUUGAAUAUGGUGGUGAAAUAAUAGGAAUUUCUACUCCAUAUGAAGAGGAAACCUUUCCAAACAGAACUCUUUAUGAGUCAUGUUCUGCAGGCUCCUCAGAAUCCAGCCUUGAUAUUUGCUUUUUAAGACCAAUAAAUUUCACACUUGAGUCCAACAGAACAGACCGUUGCCAUCAACCCUUGGCCAGAAGUUGCAUGUCACCGGUGAGCAACAGCAGCUACAGAAAUGAAGGUAUACAUGCAAAAAACAAACCAUUGAGCCGAUCUCUCAAGGAGUUCCCUCGCAGUCAAGAGACAGUGACUACCAGGUUGUACAGCACCAGAAGCACCCAUGCCAAUAGGAUGCAGUUAAAUCAGGACAGAAGCACCCAAUCUCAUGGUCUAUCAACUUCAGUCCGCAGCUCUCACAGGCCCUUCUACAUUCCACAGAGACCACAUGUGGAUAGUAGAUCCUUACUAGAGGAUAUCCACAUGGAUGGAAAUGCAAGAUUCUACCAUAAGGAUGAAACGGAGCAAACAUCUUUCAGUGAUCAUCAUCCCAGAUCAGAUCAUAAGGGAGGUUUCCGAAGCUCGUUCCGCAAACUAUUUAAAAAGAAGUCAUCUGGACUAGAAAACAAAGAGAAGAUGAGUGAGAAGUCAUCCAUAGACCAGUCUCCCACCAGACAGGAGAUCUUUAGAGUUCACUCUGCUUUGAUCAAUGAGCUUGACCGAGGUACAGCUGUAUAG